AAGUCUCGCGAUCUCCCCGGCUUUUAUAAGGCCGGCUUGUAGACGCCGAACCACUUCUCUGUACUUCUCGCAGCUGAGGUGGUUUUGGGUCUUGGCGCUGCUUGCGUAAUGGCCUCGGUUCGCCCCGUGCUUCGGCUCUUAGGGAGUGACGGGGGCCUGGAGCCUUGUUAGUCUCAGCUUGCUGUCCGUGGCGGAGCCUUGGGCUGCGGACGGUCUCUUCCCACUCCCCUUUCCUCCAUCCCACCCCCCUCCUCACAGAAACCCAGCUGUCCAUAGAGCCUCUGCAUGAGAGCUGCUUGGGACUCUUUGCUAGUUCAUCACUAGCUGCAGAAUGUUUCCUUUUGACAUCUUUGUCCUAUCUGCCUAACUUUCAUCGUGGGAAUCAGAGUUCUGGAUAUCUAUCUAGAGAAACACCUGGAUCACAGUCUUUCAUGGCAUCAUCCAGAGAGCCAGAUGUGCCUGCUAUUGAGCACAGUACAAGUGGGCUUCUAGGCAAGAUGUCUUUGCCAAUUGGAAUGCAUCGCCGGGCAUUCAGUUAUGAUGAUGUCCUGGAGGAUCCCACACCGAUGACUCCGCCUUCAGCUGACAUGUGCAGUAAGGUUCUGUGGAAAAAGCCGGUCAUCCCAGAUCGGAAGUACCAACAGCUUUCCAAGGUUGAGGAAGGAGAAAAUAGUUUCUCUGUAAACCCCUCAGCUUCCAGUGACCAAAUGAACAAGGCCCCAGUGGUGAAGGCCAAGGCUACGCACGUCAUCAUGAAUUCUCUGAUUACAAAACAGACACAGGAGAGCAUCCAGCGCUUUGAACAGCAGGCAGGAUUGACAGACGCAGGAUACACUCCCCAUAAAGGUCUCACCACAGAAGAAACCAAUUACCACCGUGUGGCAGAGGCAGUCCAUAAAUUGAAGUUACAAAAUGGAGAAAUGACAAAAGAAGAUAGACUGACUGCUUCAACCCAGUCUUCUCCAAGUGGUACACCCCAUUCUUCUCCCAAGCAAAAGCCUAGAGGCUGGUUUACUCAUGGAUCAUCUACUUCCUUACCUGGCCUAGAUAUCAGCAGCAUGGACUCUGGAAAUGGAGAUAGAGACAAAUCCUCAUCUGAAAAAUGGAGCCUUUUUGGACCAAGACCAAGAACACUUCAGAAAUCCGACUCGGGUUUCAGUGUCCAGUCCUACAAAGGUAUGCAGAAGCCAUCACCAAUGGAGAUCAUUCGGGUUCAGGCUACUAGAAUUGCAGAAGACCCAGCAGCAUUCAAGCCACCUAAGAUGGACCUUUCCAUGAUGGAAGGAAAGAAACAACCUCCACGAACUCAUAACAUCAAACCAAGGGACAUGAAUGUGUUGACUCCUACAGGGUUCUAAAGCUCCCUUUUCAUAAGAGCAAAGUUGCUUUCCCUGGUGAACCCCUGUUAUGUAGAGAGAGUAUCUUAGACUUUUCUUUCUUCCCAUCCACCUUGCACUUGACAUAGGAACGAUGUCAUCCAUUUACAAUUCUGCUGAGGAUAACAUUCCUGGGGAAGUAGUGAUUGUUUCUUUAAAUACUUGUAGCAAAGCUUGAAUCUUUCUAAUGCAGAAAGACCUAUUCUAUAAUGUCCCAAAGUUGGUCUGAAUAACUUCUCAAAGUACAUUCGAUCACAGCCAGUUACUGAUCUAUAGAACUAGAUUGCAGGGGACGAGGAAAAUAAUUAAAAUCUAAUAGACUUUGUUCUGCAUAUUUUAUCCAAGAUAAAUAUUUGUUUGGUGCUUCUUUUCUUUGAUAAAGAACAUUCCUAUUUUCUAUCUUAGUUGCUGGAGUUAACAGCUUCUUCUUAGAGAACACUGCUCCUCUGGAAUCAAGGCACUGGUUCAGGUGCCCUGUUUCCUGGUUCCUUCCUGGCCAAGAAUAGAGAGAGGCAGUAGCCUAACAGGAAAAGUCCUUUGGAAGUGGAGAUUGCUGCUGUCUUGUGACACUUAUGAAAAAGAUAUUUAAAAGGUAUUAUUAGUCCUUUGGUUAAGGGCUUGAAGCAGAAGAUUUGGUCUGCUCUGCCCUACCAGUGGAUUUUUAUUUUUGGAAAGACUGAAUGCUGAGGAUUGUGGUUUGUCACUGCCUCCAGUACAUAAAAAAGUGGUCCGUGUUCACGUUAGCAAUAGGUAGUGCACUAAGUUCAUAAAGAUUAAUAACUGAUUCUGUGCAAUGUUUUGUGCUGUAGAGGAACUGCUGAAAUAACUUAUUUUUUAAAAACUUGAAAACUCAAGGAAGCUCAGCAUAAUCUUCAGUGAUCUGAGGUAAAUCAUCCUGUGACUUCCACUCCCCAAAUAUUGGCCUGAAUCCUUUCUUACUAGAAAAGGAUAAGCUGCUGGGAGAAAUAAAAGCUUUUCUCUUUGGGAACUUAAAACAAAACUGAACCAUCCCUUUAUUCUCCCCUCCCACCAACAGAUGAUUGAAAUAAUUUUAUUACCCUUUAACAUCGCUGAGGUCUCGUUCUCGGAAGCCUGUUUCAUCUCCUACUUCCUGGUUUUGUUUUGUGGAGUGCUCCCUAAAAUGCUGUUUCUGAGAAACACAGUACCCAAGAAGGCUUGGGCCCUUGUAUUUCA